GAUAAUAAUCCAUAAAAAAAUAGCUCUCCACUCUUCUUCUUCCCCAGCUUGACAGUUAACACCGAUGAGCUCGCUGCUACUGCCCCGCACACCACCGCCGUCGCCGCCGCUCUCCGCCUCCGCCGCCGCGGCCCCUCCAUUUCUUUCACCGAGAACCCACAUCCCUUCACACGUAUACAAACACCCAGCCGCAAUCCUCCUCGAGAUAUGCACUUCCACGAAAGAGCUCCAGCAAUUCCUCCCCCUCAUCAUGAAAAGCGGCCUCUACAACGAGCACCUUUUCCAAACUAAGCUCGUCAGUUUGUUCUGCAGAUUCGGCAGCCUGAACGACGCCGUCAAAGUUUUCGAGCCCAUCGAAUCGAAGGUCGACCCGCUUUACCACACUCUCCUAAAAGGGUACGCGCAGCAGUCCAAUCUCGAUUCUGCUAUGAAGUUCUUCUCUCGGAUGAAGCACGACGGGGUUUCGCCGAUUGUGUACAACUACGCGUAUUUAAUGAAAGCCUGUGCGGACAAAUUCGAUGUCAGAAGGGGUAAGCAGAUUCAUGCGCAGUUAAUAUUGAACGGGUUUUCGGACAAUUUGUACUCCAUGACUAGUGUGAUGAAUCUUUACGCGAAAUGCAGGGAGAUUCACGAGGCCUACAAGAUGUUCGACAGAAUGCCUGAGAAGGAUUUGGUGUGCUGGAACACCGUUAUAGCUGGUUUCGCUCACAACGGUAUGCCAAAGAAGUCGCUCGAGUUAGUUUCCGCUAUGCAAGAAGAAGGGCACAUUCCGGAUUUGGUCACCGUGGUCACCAUUUUGCCUGCCUCUGCAAAUAUCGGAAAUUUAAGGGUCGGAAAAUCAAUACACGCGUACGCCGUGAGGCACGGUUUAGAGUCGUAUGUGAAUGUUUCCACCGCCUUAUUAGACAUGUAUGCGAAAUGUGGGUUAAUUAGGACCGCGCGUCAUAUUUUCGAUUCGAUGUCUUCCAAAACAGUUGUGUCUUGGAACUCAAUGAUUGACGGUUAUUCUCAGAGUGGAGAUUAUUCGGAAGCAUUGGAUUUGUUCCAAAAGAUGUUGGAUGAAGGAUUGAGGCCUAGUAAUGUAACCGUUAUGGGAGCUCUACACGCAUGUGCUAAUCUGUGCGACAUUAGCCGCGGUCAGUUUGUUCACAAGCUGGUUAUUGAUUCAGGGCUCGAUUCCGAUGUUUCUGUAAUGAACUCUUUGAUUUCAAUGUAUUGCAAGUGCAAGCGAGUCGAUUUAGCCGCCCAAUUAUUUCAUAAACUAAGAAUGAAAUCUCUAGUCUCGUGGAAUGCUAUGAUAUUAGGUUACGCGCAAAACGGCUUCACGAUCGAAGCCAUUAGCCUCUUCUGCAAGAUGCAAGAAAAGAACAUGAAAUUGGAUUCGUUCUCGUUGGUAAGUGUUAUUACAGCUGUAGCUGAGCUGUCAGUGCUGAGACAAGCGAAGUGGGCCCACGGUUUGGCCGUAAGAACUUGUUUGGACAAGAACGUCUUUGCCAUGACAGCUCUCGUAGACAUGUACGCGAAGUGUGGGGCUGUCCACACAGCAAGAAAGCUGUUCGAUUCGAUGGGUGAUAACAGACACGUGACAACAUGGAAUGCAAUGAUAGAUGGAUAUGGAACACACGGCUUUGGAGAAGAAGCUGUGGAGUUAUUCGAGCACAUGUGCAGCAAAGGGAGUGUAAUAAAUCCGAACGACGUAACUUUUUUAUGUAUAAUCUCGGCUUGUAGCCACUCUGGACUUGUAAAACAAGGCCGUAAAUAUUUCACAAUGAUGAAGGAGAAAUACGGGUUGGAGCCUAAAAUGGACCACUACGGGGCUGUGGUUGACUUGCUCGGCCGAGCCGGUCAACUCAAGGAGGCUUGGGAGUUCAUUCUGCAAAUGCCGGUCGAACCGGAAAUCAAUGUCUUUGGAGCAAUGUUGGGCGCUUGCAAGAUUCACAAAAACGUCGAUUUGGGUGAAAAAGCAGCUGAUAAGCUCUUCGAUUUAGAACCGGACGAUGGUGGAUAUCACGUCUUGCUUGCGAACAUUUACGCCAUAGCUUCGAUGUGGGACAAAGUUGCCAAAGUGAGGACCUUGAUGGAGAAAAAGGGUAUUCAGAAAACACCUGGCUGCAGUUCGGUUGACUUGAAAAACGAGGUGCACACUUUCUAUUCGGGGAGUGUAAAACACCCUCAAUCGGAAAGGAUAUAUGCGUACUUGGGAGAAUUGAUUGAUAGGAUUAAAGAAGCUGGCUAUGUACCGGAUACUAGUUCGAUACACGAUGUGGAGGAGGAUGUUCAGGAGCAGUUGCUUAAUACUCAUAGCGAAAAGCUUGCGAUUUCAUUCGGGCUUAUCAAUUCGAGUCCGGGUACUACUAUUCAUAUAAGGAAGAAUCUUAGGGUUUGUGGAGACUGCCAUAAUGCGACCAAGUAUAUCUCUCUUGUGACCGAACGUGAGAUUAUUGUGCGCGAUAUGCAUAGGUUUCAUCAUUUCAAGAAUGGGGUGUGCUCCUGUGGAGAUUAUUGGUGAUCUUUAUUGUGACCGUGAAAUUUCAGAUUGCGUUUUUGCUUUCGUUUCCUCUUUCUAUAACACCCGGUGAAGGUUAGACCAGAUGGAUUUUUACCGUUGAUCUACACACACCAACGUGGGUGUGUGUGUUUGUAUGCUUAUGAAUGGUAAAGAUCUAUCCGGUGUAUUGAAUAUAUGCUGCAUUUGUUGAAGAGUACAUGAUUUGUGGGUAUAUUGCUUGAAAUAUACUUUUUUUGGGGUCAAAAUAGAUUGAAGGAAGACUCAAAAUUGAUCUCUAUUUUUAUUUUAUUUUAUUU